GAUCGGCCGCUGGCACAGAGAUCUCGGAUGCCGUGGUACCGUCGAUCAGUCAAAACUGCUGCGGUUUACGAUCAAUUCGGUCCUUGUGAGAACGAAGUCAAAGGCCCGGAUUGUGGGUGACGGCUUCGUCAAGCAAAAUUGCUCCAGGCUGUCGAGUCCUCGUCCCGAAUGUCGCUGUCGAGUGCGGGACUCUGUCAAUCCUUUCCAGCGCUGGUUGCUCAAGUCCUCAGCUGACGCGGGGGUCGUGCCAUUCGCACAACUUGUCCCGCUGCGGAGGAGUUUGUUGAUCAUAGCGUCGUCGUCGUCGUCUUCAUGUGAAGCCCCUCAGUUCGAUUUCAGCCACUGUUCUCCCAUUUGGCGUCGUUCGUCCAGUUUAUCUCGCCGAGGUUUGGCACUUAAGAGCGAGGAGUGCGAGAAGGUUGCACAGGUCGGAACGUGUGUGGAAGAGCUAGCAAACGUCCGAAUUUGUUUCGGUGUGGAUCCUGAAUUGGGGAUUGUUGGGUUUUGGUAAGAGAGUGAGGUUUGUGGUGGUGGCGGAGAGUUGUCGGGAGCAGAAGUGGUCGACAUGGGGGACGCCAACCUCAUCUACAGUUUGGUGUCGAGAGGGACGACGGUGCUGGCUGAGUACACCUCGUUCGCCGGCAACUUCAGCCAGAUUGCGAUGCAGUGCCUUGUGAAGCUGCCCGCAGCGAACAACAAGCACACGUAUGUUAUGGACCGUCAUACUUUUAACUUCCUCGUUCAGGACGGGUUCACCUACUUGGUCGUGGCCGAAGAGGAUUUUGGCCGCCAGAUCCCUUUCGCGUUCUUGGACCGGGUGAAGGACGACUUCAAGCACCGUUACCAGGGGGGAAAGGCUGACCUCGCUGUGUCGCAUAGUCUUGACGCUGAGUUUGGACCCAGACUGAAGGAGCACAUGGACUUUUGCGAGAGGAACCCCGAGGAGAUCAGGAAGAUGUCGAAGAUCAAGUCCCAAGUUGCGGAGGUGAAAGGGAUUAUGAUGGAGAACAUCGACAAGGUGUUGGUUCGCAACGAGAAGAUUGACCUCCUAGUGGACAGGACGUCGCACCUUCAAUCCGAUGCCCACAACUUUCAGCGUCAGGGGAAAAAGAUUCGGUACAAGUUGUGGUGUCAGAACUACAGAUUAAAGCUCCUCGUCCUGGUCCUCAUCAUCAUCGUUGCAUUCAUCAUAUACCUUUCAAUCUGCAGAGGCUUCGUCUGUUACAAUCCCGGUGUUCCUGGUACUCCACCUGCGCCCGGCACCCCUCCCGGUCAAGGAUUGUAGGCAUCCUUCUACAGCAAACUGUCCAAUUACGCGACUGUUUCAUCAACUGUGACAAGACACUGUGGUGCUUCACACACAUAUCCGAUGGCAGCAUUUACAAGGGUGCUCGAGAGGAUCUGACACCCCGGCUUCAAGAGCUUGCAAUCCAGGUUGUCCCAUGGCCUUGCCCAUCAUCUUUAAGUCUUGUGGCUCGGAAAGCAGGUUCAAAUUUCCAUCUCCACUUGUGGGAUCUCCUCCAAAAGACUAGAAAUGGCCAAGGUCGGAUUGAAUGUGUUCAGUUAAAUUCUUAGGUGUGAGAUAGCGGGGCUGGUUUGCAAGCAUCUCUCAGUCCGAUCUCCACACUAGCCUCAAUUGGGGAUCGGAGGUCUGCUGCAGUUACGGGUUGGGUUCGAGAUUCUCAGCUCUCCGCACCGCAAGCCCUGACUUGUUCUGGUCCUUCACAGCUGGACUUUGUCUUCAUAAUCAUAUCACUGUUCUUCAUUCUACAUGGUUAUCA